AUGCCUUUAUCCGAUGCGAUUGGAGAGCACUGGAAUAAGUUGAAAUUUAUGGUGAUGAUUGGUGAUGGCAUCACAAAUUGUAUUCUCCUACCAGAGGAUUUCACACCAUUUCAAUUGUCCGUUCCCAUAAAGCAUCUGUAUCGCAGGAAGAAGAAUACAGCCAAACUUCUCUCCAACUUUCGAGAAAAGCUUGCCCAGUACAUCAUUAAGAAUGCUGGUUUCAAGCAUCCCUAUAUCAAUUACAUUGUUUGGGACGAGGCAGUGUGUCUCGAAAUCUACGGAAACAAAAACUAUGAUUUGAUCUAUGUGGAAAACACCCAAGAAUUUGAUGCAGGUAUCAAGAAUAUUCUGACCCAUGAGGGUUUCGAUCCAGAACACGACCAGAUUGCCAUUUUGUUCAAGCAAGACGUAAAAAACGAUGCUGUGCCCACUAGUGAGACAAAAGAUACCAGUAAACCACCAGUGGCCCUGAAAGCUGCAGGGCCGAAAGAACUGGAACAUGGCAGUGACACUUCACUUUCCAAAGACCAAAUUACGGUGAAGCCUCCAGCAAAAGUGUCCGCUGCCAUUGACGAACCAGAGGGGCUUGAUCAGUCGACUAUUAUGACUCCAGCAAAGAAGGUUGACAGUGUUCCGCUAGAUAACACGCAGAAAGACUCAUUGCCACCCACUUCCAAUAAGAGCAGUGGGUUUUCCAAGGGGGAUUACAAUUCAUUACCUGCAGGUGGCAAGAUCUCGGGAGGGACAGGAGGAGGACACAGCAGGGACUUGGUGACUGUGGAUGGAGCUUGGGCAACUGCCGAAUCCGGUGGUGGUCGAGACGAACUUUCUGGGUCCAUUGGCGGAUGGGAUCAGUUCAAGGCAAACGAGAAGCUGGUCAACGUCAAAGUACCCCCCUUUGACCUGGAUUUGCACUCUACCAAACUGGAUAAAACGCAAUUGGGCAGCAGGCAAGUCGGCGAAGCGGAAGGAAUGGCUCUUGAAAUUGAGUUGACACUGGAUAACAAGGCCGUCACCCGAAUCUUUGGAAUGAAGACUUCCAAAGAGGACCCUUCGUUCAAACCAAAGUUGCAGGCCAUCUAUAUCGGCAAGGGCAAUGCGAGCGACAAUACUGACAAUCUUUUUCGUCUGAUCCUUGCCGAUGGAACCAAAUGUAUCAGAGGGUUCCUCAGCAAAAGCAACAACCGCUUUGUGGACAACGGCUCACUUCAAAAGAAUUCCAUCAUUUCAUUGCACAAAUUCGUCACGAGAAUGGAUGCUGGAUAUAUGUUUGGCCAACGGUAUAUUCUUGUCUACACCUUGGAUAUCAUUGAAAGCAAUCCAGGAAAGUGCAUUGGGGAACCCAGCAAUAUUAACGAGUUCCCUGUUGGAGGAGUCCCUCCUUCUCAACGACAACAAGCGGGAGCGGAAGAAAGGCAACCAACCACUGUAAAGUCAGAAGCCGGCAACUCACGUCGCAAGCUUCACCCACCAGAAACCAAAGCAAGUGAGCAAAAGAUGGAAUUGGAUCAAGCAAUAGACGAGAUGAAGAACAAUCUCAGCAAUUCUGCAAUCCUAGUUGGCCAGAUUCGACGUGUCCCACACAGUCUGAGACGCAUAUUUGGACCAGAAGAUGGGCCCAGCUUGCUGCUCCUAUUGCAGCAUCAUCAAGCAACGGGAAAGCUGGCCUUGGUCCUCGUUUUAGCAUUGAAAAUGCACUCGACAAAUCUAGAACUCCAGAGGCAAGCCUCAUUGGUGGUUUGCCGUGCUAGUAUCAAGGUCAGCAGUUUCCAGCAAUCAUUUUUGAAGCAACAUGGUGCAGACAUGUUGGUGAUCGCAUUGGAAAGGUUAUUGGAAGACAGUGAAGUGUGCCAUGCAAUAGUUUCCUUUUUCCGACUAUUGGCUGAUAUGAAGUUCGAGACUGCCAAGACAAUUAUUGGGUUGCGUAGACUCCAUGGUCUUAAUUUGGAGUUUAGGUCCCCACAGGAGAAUCAACAUGCCCUGCUCAACAGGGCACUCUUCAAAGCAGCGGGCACAAUUCUCCAAGCCCUCAAAAUGCACAGCACGUCGGUAAAAAUCCAAGAGGAUGGAUUUGAAUGCCUUGAGCGCACUUCCUAUGACGUCGACAAGCAAGGAGAAAUCUUUGUUUGGGACUUGCCCUGUGAUUCCAUCAAUCUAGUGAACACGAUAUUGCGAUUGCAUAAGAUGUUUGCCAAUCAUGCAAAGAUCAACGUCGAUGCAUGUAGUCUACUCCACAAUGUCCUACAUCGCUCCAGGGACACCAUUGGCAGAACGGCUGCACUCGUCGAUCGAACAGGCCAGGCAGAAGCUUUGAUUGGUUUGGCAGAAUUCACCAUCCGGAAGCAUGCGGGUGCGGAAGAAAGGAUUCUUUGGGGUGCUUUUAUGGUGACGUGCACGGUGCUCUCUCGGUACCCUCACUUGGCACCAGGGAACAUGUGUGCUUUGAUGUCCUUUUGGAAGGAGCAGCCAAACAAUCUUCUUUUGGCAACAACUGGCUUUGCCCUGCUUGCGCCCAUUGACUUGGGGGCAAGUGGCAUGAUGGACAACCCACAGGGAAUCAUUGAAUUGGUGGUCAACGGAGCCCAGUUGGCACGAAAACAGGAGGACCCUGUUAUGUUUGAGGAUUGCACCUUUGUUCUAAAGGAACUUGCCAAGAGCACUGCUUGCCGUAGUGCCAUGACAGCUGUCCCCAAGCUUGUUGCCUCAAUCACCAUUGCCCCUCAAGAGGACAUUGGUUGUUCAGAAGAGGUCAGUGUACAUGUCAUUUGCAUCCUUUCAUCAUUGGUACGUGAAGGUGGCAUCAGUGCCAUUAUGCCUGACGAGAGCCCCUAUUGCUGUGUUCAUGGCAUCAUCAAUGCAAUGAGUUCAACUCCCCAUUACCUAUUUGUCCAAAAGGCUGCGUUCCGUCUCCUUUCCAUGGUGGACUUUACAAAGGCUGCUGCCAAACUUGCUUUUACAAAAGCAGGGGGGCCUUGCACAGUUAUCGCCUCCCUUUCUGAACACUUCUGGGACGAAAAGCUAUCAGAAAAUGCUUGCAAGCUGAUGAACAUGUUAACCUGGUCUUCAAAUGGACUCAAUAUGGAGCCACUUUUGGAGGGCCUGUUGGCGGCGGACAAUGCUGUGGUUGUCAUCUUGAGACCCUCGAAGGUUCCUUAAAAAUGAGACUAUUUGGGAUGAAGGAGGCACCUCUGUCUUUCGACUCAAUGAUUGGCAGUAUGACAAGAGAAUAUGUGGAAUGCCAAUCACGGAGGGCACCCAGCAUGGAUAGACAGGGGGAAAUGGGAGGGCACGCAAAGAUGCAAGCAAAACAGAGCUUAUGUUUGCCUGGAGGGCCACCAUCAGCAACGCUAGAGAUUCAGCACAAAUAAAUGUAACGUACUACUAGAAGCUAGG